AUGACAUCCUCUACAAAUUGUGACCACCAAUUUGAUCAAUCAUCUAUUUUCAUCAAUAAUUUCAAUAGUAAUAAUAAUAAUAACAAUAACAAUAGUUUUAAUAGCAAUUUUUUUAAUAAUAAUCAUCAUCAAAGUAAUGUAAUGAAUUCAAUUGGAGUAGCUACAACGACAGCAGCGGCAGCAGCAACAACAACGACAUCGGUUGGAUGUAACUUGAUUGAUUUCUCAUAUGACCAACUUGGAUGUACAAUCCAUUGUGAUUCACCAUCGUUCAGUGAUGACUUUCAUGUCUCAAACUUGUUGUCAGAUAACAAGCAACAACGUGACAAAGGUUUCAUCGCCGCUCAAUUCAUAAAGACACCACUGGAUAUCACCAUUUCAUUUCCAUAUCCAAUUGAUUUGGAAAGAAUUGGAUUGAUAUCAAAGAGUGGAACAGGUAUUAUUCAAUCAUUGUCUUUUUAUGUUUCAGAUCUGACAUUUGAGGAAAUCGAUGCCAAUUCCAAAUCAUUGAUUGAGAAUGCAAAUAAUGGAGAUGGUAGUAAUAAUCAUGGUCAUGGAAAUGGAAUGUUGAAACCAAAUCAUUCAUCUGAUAUCAAAAUGAAUCCUACAAUGUUGUCUGUGAAUAAUCAAUGGGAUAUUUCAAAAGAACGAUAUCCAAAUCAACAGAUGAAGAAACAAUCGAUAGCAUUACAAUCAUCGCCAUUCAACAACAACACGAAUCUCGUAUACAACAAGCUAGUUCAUCAGUCAUUCAAGUUUGUCGGUCACUUUGACGAUCUCCAUCAAUCACAAGAUAAAUUGUUCACUUAUUUCUCACACCCCCAUUUUAUGGAUGGUCACAUCAACCAUCAACCUCCACUAAACUAUUUAUUACCCAGUCAAAUCAAACCAUUCGGUUCCAAUGUAUAUUUAUUAAACAAUAUCAAAUCGAUACGUAUUAGAAUACUUAAAGUUUUUCAAUCAAGCUGUCCAUCAAUAGGUGGAAUUGAGAUAUGGGGACUACCAUCCUCUAAUUGUCCACCAAAUAUCGUUGGUCAAAUCUAUCAGAAAUCAAUUGCCAUACAAUCUUUAAGAUCAUAUUCACAACCUUUAUUCCCAGUGUAUCAUCAACAACAACAAACAAACCAACAACCAAAUUUCAAUAGUAAUAAUAGCAACAAAGGAUUUACGAAUCAACAUCAACAACAAUAUCAACAAUUCACAUUACCGAUUUCAUCAUCUUAUUCGGCUGUACCUUCAAGUCCACCUUCAAUUCGUUCCUCCACCGAUUCCGAUAUGUCCGAUGUCAACAGCAGUGGUUUUUCCAACGACUCUAAUAGUAAUCACACAGACUUUGAUCGAUUCCUCGAGGCGCAUCCCGACAUUAUACUGAACGAAGCCGGCGUUCCAACGAUAUUUCUCGAUCCAAUCACUCUCGAGUUGAUGAGUGAUCCCGUACAACUACCGUCCGGAAAGUUUGUAGACCGCUCCACCAUACAGAAACUCUUUGACAACCACUACUUUAACGACCCAUUCUCUGGCAUCAGAAUCACCAACACCCAGACCAACUUUGAGCUUCACCAACAGAUCCAAUCGUAUCACGAUUCCAAGAAACGCAAGCGACUUAUCAAGAGUCGUCCCGCACUCGUUGCCGUUGUAAAUAGCACCACACCCACCCCAACUCCACCGACAACACCCAGUUACCUACAGUUUUCGAAUCUCUCUGUAUCCACCACCAACAACAAAUCCAACGAUUCAUUUGAUAAUAAUCCAUUCUUCCAUAUCGGAAGUAAUAGCAGCAGCAGCAGUAAUAUUAAUAACAAUAAUAGUUCACAUCAUAAACAUCCACCAUCACAACCAACAACACCAACCAAUUUCAAUGGAUUCCCACAGUUUAACAAUCAUAAUUCCAAUGGUUUUGGUUUAGGUACACCUUUAAAUUUUAGCAAUAAUCAUAAUAAUAAUAAUAAUAACAAUAAUAAUAAUAAUAAUAAUAAUAUUUUCAAUCUUACACACAUAUCAUCUUCACCAACAUCAUCAACAACAUAUAAUUAUAACAAACCAAUUAGUACAAGUUGCGAUAGUGUGGUAGCACCAAAAGAAGAAAGAAACAUGGGAGGACGUGGAUCAGAUCAUCCUCUACUUAGACUUCUUUCUCAAUCAUCUCUUGUUGAACUACCAAUCAAGAAAAUAAAAAAAUAA